AUGUGCCAAAGAAGGUUGCAACAAUACAAUCAGCAACCACAACAACAACCACAACAACAUCAAACACAGCAACAGCAAUCUCAACAACAACAAUCCCAACAACAACAGCAACAUCAACCGCCACAACAAAAUCAACAGCAACAACAACCACCACAGCAACAACAGCAGCAACAACUACCACAGCAGCAACCACAACAACAACCACAACAACAUCAAACACAACAACAACAACUACAAUUCCAACAACAACAGCAACAUCAACCGCCACAACAAAAUCAACAGCAACAACAACCACCACGGCAACAACAGCAGCAACAACUACCACAGCAGCAACCACAACAACAACCACAACAACAUCAAAGACAACUCCAAUACCAAUUACAGCGAUUUGGUAGAUAUUAUAUUCAAGAAUACUGCCAGCCUCCGUAA